AUGAGCUCCGAGCGAUGGCUACUGAACCAUCCAGCUAACAAGAGCGUGGGCUUAUGUCCCAAGAAUAUCAGUACUAAGAAGUUAAACGAGUUGGUGGCGCUACACGAGUCAAUCUGGAUGGGUGCCAGCCCUGAGUGGACGACUCUUCGACUUCAUUUGGGUAAGCUUGAAUAAUUGCCAGCAAGAACAGGGUCGUCUUGCUUGUUUCGGUUGCUGUCUAGCACAUCAUUGACGGAAAGUUGAUAAUCCCAUGGGGGUAACCACUUUGAAAAAAAGUUAAGGAAUUGUAGGUUACAAUUAGCCAGCUAGAAGACUUGACACGUUAACCUGAAUAAAUUGGUCUUUGGUUCAUUCGUUCGUUCAUUCAUGUAAGAAUGUAGGUAAACGCCAUCCAUUGCGCGCGGUUAUGGAGGAAUGUAGCGAGGUUAAGCGACUAAGCGGCUAAGCGAGGUUGAAAAGAGAGCUUGCCACACCUUAAAAAGGUUCUCACCCAGUAAAGCUCAGUGAUGAUCGUUAAACAGUAACUGUUUCUCUGAAUUACUUCUAGUCAUUGAAAUAGUCUGAAAAAGUAUUUCCCUGCAGUUGAUGUAUUUCCUCCCUGUCCCACUAAGAGAAGACAAAGCGUUUCUUUCAUGACAGAUUUCGAGGACAUAUUACAGUGCACCUCUCUCUUAACAGACACUUCUAGACGAAUUACACUUAAAAGAGGACAGUGAGGGUUUUUCCCGCAGUUCUUCAGUUAUAUUCUUUGACUCUCUCAAACGCGAACAGCUCUGUAAGACGGAUACUCGGUGACGUUUCAAACGGUGCCCUUCUUAGCGAGAGUUGACUGAAGUAACUCUUGAGUGCUACGCUAAUGCAAAUCUUGAAACAAUCUUAUUUCAGGUUUGGACCCUCAGAAGGCGUUACUACAAGCUGAGAAAGCCAUAGAAAACGUUCGUUCAGAGCUGAAUGACGAAUGGGAUUUUCAUGGACUUUACUCGGGGAAUGGGUACGGACUUGAUGGUCUCCCAUGGUGCACCUCGCACUAUGCUUUUCACAUGGUACUUUGGCACAUUCCUUUUGCGAUCUCGGGCCAGUCCUUCCCGGCGCCAGAAGCAACGCUUUCAUUUGAACCUAAGCUCUCUUGUCCGUAUAACGUUCCCUUCUAUACAUCGUUUGCCACGGGGACUUUGCAAUGUACCUUUGUCCAAAAACGAAAUCAAACCAAAAUGAAGUUUCAAAUUAUGUCGACCUCAAAUGAGAUGUUUCUGCAACAGCUUGCGGUCAUCGGCUUUCGAUAUCAACGUGCACUAACGCUGAAACAGGGUGAAGUAGUCAUGUGGUUUUCACAUUAA